AUGGCUUUUUUCACCACUAGCAGAUCGUCCUCACCGACAGUGCGGUUUCGCAACCCACGCCGUGACUCGGAAUCUCGUCCCAAGACAGCACUGACAACACUCACGUUAUUGGGUGUUAUCUACACGGCGAGCAUCAGCGGUGGGUAUGGCUUGGAGGAGUCUGUCAGCGCCGGGGGACCUCUUUUGACGAUAGUGUUUCUAUGUAUCAUUCCAUUUUUAUGGGGUAUACCCGUUUCCCUGUGUGUCGCAGAACUGUCCUGUGCCAUUCCAUCCAAUGCAGGGCCGAUUAUGUGGGUGAAUGUCUUUUUUCCUCCGUGGUUUACUUUUUGUAUGGUUAUAUGGACGGCCUUUUUAAACUUUGUGGACAACAGUUUAUAUCCGACGGUGCUUGCGGAUUAUUGUGCGACACUUCUGAAACUUAAUUUUGUUGAAAAAUCGCUUGUUAAGGUGUUUUUCAUGGGAUUAUGUGUAUUUAUAAAUCUGGUGGGUAUUCAAACCGUCGGAAACUUGAGUGUGGCGGUGAUGGCAGUAACACUUCUACCCUUUCUGCUCAUGUUUAUUUUUCAGCUCCCUUUUGGUUUCAAUUGGGAGCGAAUUGGUUAUGUGCCAGAGAACAUUAAUUGGUCCGUGUUUCUCCCUGUGGUUGCGUGGAAUUUUUCCGGGUUUGACAGCGCGGGUAAUGUCAUUGAGGAAGUGAGCAACCCCAACCCAACCUUCAUUCGGGCUCUUGGACUUAUGAUUAUCUCUGCUCUAGCCACGUAUAUUCCUCCCAUAUUGGUGGGAUCGAGUGCUGAGGCACUGAAAAACACCCCAUUUGAGGAUUGGGAUAAUGGUUUUUGGGUUAGGGUGGGGGAGGCAGUUGGUGGGUAUGCCAUAGCUGUAGUGGUGACUAUUGGAGGCGUUAUUUCAACGGUGGGACUCAUGACAACGCUGUUGGCAACAACCUCCCGCUCCUUAGCGGGAAUGGGGACCCUCAACGCCUUUCCAUACGUUUCUGAAUGGUUGUCGAGAUAUCACAAUAGAUACGGGACACCAUUCAAUGCCAUAGUUGUUAACUCAAUUAUCACGUGCGCUCUCUCUCUGUGUUUUUCAUUUCAUACACUUGUAGAGAUUGACCAAAUCUUAUAUUCUUUGUGUCUCAUUGCGACUCUGCUUGUUUUUUUGGGGCUACGUUUUAAACAGCCCUUUUUAGAGCGUCCGUACAGGGCGCCAGGAGGCCUAGUUGCGGCGUUAUUUUGUGGUGGGGUCCCUAUUGCUUUCUCGUUGGUCCUCAUUGCGGUGUCAAUGUUUGGAAGCCCCAUGCUUUUCUGGAGUACUCUUGCAAUGAUUUGUGGAACGGUCAUAGUUUCCUACUUUUGGGUGAGUUUUUUUAGGCCGGAAGGGUUUGAGGGAAAGUUGGUUGAGGAUUAUGAGGAUGCUGACAUGCAGACGUACGGAAGCCUUCUAGAGAAAGGGUGUAAUGAGUGGCGCAGGAUGCACCCACACCAUACCUUUAUUGAUCGCGAAUCGCCGGAGGAUGAUGAAUGA